CAUUACCAGUUGAGACAGUGAGAGUGACACCACCGCGGGGAAAGGGAGUUUGCUUUUCCUGUUCGUGUCGCUGUAUAACAUAACAUAACGUGCCUAACAAGUGUCCAUUUGCAGCCCAAUUGCCCGUUUCAUUCAUUGAUGAGUAAACUUCCAACCACUUCUCCUUCCUCGGUAAAGCUCUGUCUUUUAGCACUCAAUUUUCUGAUCUCAUCUGCUAGCCUUUUCCUCCCUUUCCUGCAACCCAAGUCUUUUGGUGCAGACAUUCUAUACAGACUUUGAGCACUGAUCGACUAGGAUUUGACAAAGAAGCAUGCUUUUGUGCGCAUACCUACAGCUCAUCCAAUAGAAUAGUCACUUUUCAUUUGGAAACAUAUCAACAUCUUGCUCCAUCAGAACAUGGGAGCAAAUGCUUGGUUCCUCAUCUAGUUUGAGCUCCUACAAAUUCAUCUAAUUUAAGUUGCCACAAGAGCAGGAAUUUAUAGCUGGGGAUCGCACAGCUUGAAUGAAGUUGGAGAAGAAAAUUAAUUGAGCUAUAGAUUCACAGAUAAUGAGGGACUUCCCUUCUUGUUUCAAUGAAAGUGGGGUCCAGGUUGCUGAUUCUUCCCCAGCAUCAUCAAAUUCUAGUAAAGCUUCUCAGAAUCUCGUUACAUGCGUCUAUCAGACACAGUUUCAGGGCACUUCAUGCUUCAUUACCAUUACCUGGUCCAAGAAUUUGAUGGGGCAAGGAGUUAGCAUUGGAAUUCGGAGUUCAACCAACGAAUGCGUCUGCAAGGUUGAUAUUAAGCCUUGGUUAUUUACUCCAAGAAAAGGGUUCAGAAGUUCAGAGGCCGAUUCCACUGCAAUUGACAUAUAUUGGGAUUUUUCAUCCGCAAAAUUUGGUUUUGGCCCGGAACCGCUAGAGGGUUUCUAUUUAGCCGUUGCAUUUAACCAAGAACUUGUCCUACUCCUCGGGGAUUUGCAAAAGGAAGUGUAUAAGAAAAUAGGUACUAGCCCUGUUGCAUCUAAUACGGUGUUUAUUGCCAAAAGAGAGCACAUCUUUGGGAAGAGAGUAUACACUACAAAGGCUCAAUUCUGUGACCACGGGCCGAUACAUGACAUCGAAAUUGAGUGCGAUACUGGGGGGAUUAACGAUCCAUCUCUGGCCAUCAGCGUGGAUAGCAGAGCGGUGUUGCAGGUGAAGCGGCUGCGGUGGAAGUUCAGGGGGAACGAGACUAUUUUGGUGGAUGGACUGCCGGUGGAGGUGUACUGGGAUGUUCAUAGUUGGUUCUUUGGGAAUGUUAUGGGCAAUGCUGUUUUCCUGUUUCAAACCUGUCUCUCGGCCGAGAAGCUGCGAAACAGCCACUCCACCGUCUCCUCAAAUCCGUCUGUGUUCAGUCGGUCAGGUUCGCAAAAGUCCGGGUCACGAGGUGAGGGAUUUUCAUUGAUUUUGUACGCCUGGAAAAACGAGUAAAAUUUUCUUUAUGAUCAUUUCUUUUUCUUUUUUUUUUUUGGUGUUGCGCCUACAUGUAUGCUGACCACUUGCCAGGUCAAUCAAUAAAACUUCUCCCUCCUGUGAUCUUGCUCUCAAA